AUGGAGAUCGAACACGCGCUAAGCGUUUUUGGCGGUAUCGAGCUACGUCCAACGCAGAGGCAGAUCAUAGAGGCGGUUUUGGACAAGCACGAUGUACUGGUUUUUAUGCCCACUGGGUCCGGGAAGUCGCUCACUUUCCAGCUGCCUGCCAUCGCUGAUUCAACCGGCUGCACGCUGGUGAUUUCUCCACUUUUAGCAUUGAUGGACAACCAAAUUCAGGGCCUUUUAGCCAAGGGCAUCUAUGCUGCUACUAUCAAUCACAGGACUGCCGAUGAAACUCGUCAGAGUAUCCAAAAAAGCUUGCUUAAAGGCCAGGGCCCGAAACUGCUCUAUAUCUCGCCUGAACUAGCCUGCAGCGACGGAUUCAAGACAAUUGUCGACCAGCUAGUUGAGUCUUCGUUUUUAAAUCGAGUUGUGGUCGAUGAAGCUCAUUGUGCACUAGAGUGGGGCCGAGAGUUUAGGAAAGAGUAUGCUCAGUUGGGAUUUUUCAAAGCCAAGUAUCCUGAUUUACAGAUGAUGGCAUUGACUGCAACUGCAACUGCAGAUGCUCGAAAAAAAAUUGCAAGCUCACUGAAACUCAAGAAUCCUAAGGUCUUUAGCACCAGCGUCAACAGAUCAAAUACCCACUACGAGGUGAACUACGUUGAAGACCCCACUGAGAGAUUAAGGAGCAUAAUACGGUUUCUGAAGACCUACAAAAAGCGAAUUGAGUCUGUAUAUGGUCGAGAAAAGAUGCCCUACCCAGGGUGCGGUUUGAUCUAUUGUCGUUCAAGAGCCACCACUGAACAGGUUGCUGAACAGCUGCGAGAUUCGGGAAUUGGUGCCUAUGCGUAUCACGCCAAGCUUGAAGCUAGCGAAAAAGAACGCGUAAUGAACAGGUGGCUCGAAGGCGAUCCGGAUUACAUGGUUGUAGUGGCCACUAUUGCGUUUGGGAUGGGCGUUGAUAAACCAGACACUAGAUUUGUUAUUCAUUUUGAUAUGCCGCAAAAUAUUGAGCAAUUCAGUCAACAGACCGGUAGAGCAGGACGAGACGGUAAAGCGUGCUUGAGCAUUCUGUAUUAUUCUCUUCAAGGCCGUAACAUGGGUGUGAGGUUUGCUCGGACAGAACAGGAAAUCGAGUCCUUGAAAGCACUCGCUCUAUAUGGAGAAACCAUCACUAAAUGCCGGCAUUUGAGUCUAGCGUCGUAUUUUGAACAGGUUCCAGAUAAGCCACAUGUGUGGUGCGAGUUUGCAUGUGACAUUUGUAAAAGCCAACGAAAAGUACAAAAGUCGUAUGAGAGCUGGCAGGACAGUUUUUAUUAG